AUGUUAAAAAAUAAGGGUCAUUCAUCUAAAAAAAAUAACUUAGCCGUCACUGCAGUUGCUUUACAAGAUCACAUUUUACAUGACCUUCAACUUCGAGAUCUUUCAGUAGCAGAUCAUUCUAAGACAAAAGUACAAAAGAAAGAGAACAGGUCCAAAUCUCUAAAAAGAGAUACAAAAGCAAUAAUAGAUACUGGACUUAAAAAAGCUGCACAGGGUCCCAAAGUGGAAGAUCCAGAAAAAGAAUAUGUUCUUGAUCCAAAACCGCCACCAUUAACUUUAGCACAGAAGCUGGGCCUCUUUGGGCCUCCCCCAGUGCCCCUGUCAUCAGAUGAGUGGGAGAAAGUGAAACAGAGGUCCAUCCUGCAGGGGGAUUCCACGCAGCCAUGUCCGAUAUGCAGAGAGGAAUUUGAACUUCAUCCGCAGGUGCUGCUUUCAUGUUCCCAUGUAUUUCACAGGGCAUGCCUUCAGGCUUUUGAAAAGUUCACGAAUAAAAAAACCUGUCCUCUCUGUAGAAGAAACCAGUAUCAAACACGAGUGAUCCACGACGGGGCCCGCCUGUUCAAAACAAAGUGUGUGACAAGAAUCCAAGCCUACUGGAGAGGACACAUUGUUAGAAAGUGGUACAGAAACCUGAGGAAAACGGUACCUCCCACAGAUGCCAAGUUAAGGAGAAAAUUCUUUGAAGAAAAGUUCACAGAAAUAAGUCACCGCAUACUAUGCUCAUACGACACCAACAUAGAAGAGCUCUUUUCAGAAAUCGAUCACUGCUUGGCCAUAAAUCGAAGUGUUCUCCAGCAGUUGGAGCAGAAGUGUGGUCAUGAGAUUACAGAAGAGGACUGGGAGAAAAUCCAAAUACAGGCUGUGCAGCGGGGGGUCUCCGAGUGCUCCAUCUGCCUGGGCCCCCUCUCACUUGGUGGCACCUGUGGCGGCCAGCGCUCACGAGCCACGGUCCUCCUCUCCUGCUCACACCUGUUCCACCAUAUGUGCCUUCUUGCUCUGGAGGAGUUCUCCCUGGGAGACAACUCACUUUGCCAUGCCUGUCCUCUCUGCCGCUCUUGCUACCAAAAGAAAAUUCUUGAAUGUUGA